ACAAUCACACCCAAAAGCAUUCCAUUGACAUGGCGCGCUAUUAAUACCCCGCGAUCCCAGCUGCUGCAGCCUCCAUCCUACCACACCACAGCAGCUCCAAACCGGCUUUUGCAGCUAAUCUAAGCGAGCCAACAUCCAUGGCCGUGCUGGUGGCGAGGCAGGGGCGCGAGCUGCAGCGGUACAGCCAGAACACCGGCGGGCGCAUCGUCGUGGGCUGCAUCCCGUACCGCGUGCGCGGCGACGGCGAGCUGGAGGUUCUGGUGAUCACGUCGCAGAAGGGGCACGGCAUGAUGUUCCCCAAGGGCGGGUGGGAGGUGGACGAGUCCAUGGACGAGGCCGCCCGGCGCGAGGCCCUCGAGGAGGCCGGCGUCCUCGGCGACACCGAGCCGGUGCUCGGCUUCUGGCACUACAAGAGCCGCCGCUACGUGGACCAGACCUACGAGGGCUUCAUGUUCCCGCUCCGCGUCGCCGACGAGCUCCACCAGUGGCCCGAGAUGGCCUCCCGCAAGCGCACCUGGGCAACGGUGCAGCAAGUGAUGGACGGAUGCCCGCACUUGUGGAUGCGGGAGGCGCUCCAGCAGCUCGUCGCCCGGCACGCGAAGCCGCAGUCUGCUCUGUGAUUGGUUCACCAAGCGGGACGGAGCUCGCGAACGAUUCUCGCAAGAAAGGAUUGGGAGCACGGUCGAACAGUGGUGUCGUGCGCACGUUAUGUCUCUCUCGGUACAGCGGCAGGCCGGCCGCCCGGCGCCCGUCGCCGGUCUCGGAUUGAGCACAUCUGGUCGCCCUUACCGGAGAGAUGACGCGCGACGUGCUGCGUGGCUCGAUGCUCGCGGUGCUUUCUUGAGGCGUAGAGUCUUCGUUGCGGCAAAUAAUUUCAUGAAUUUAGAGAGGAAAUGAUUGGAGAAAGAGAAAAUGUAAAGAAAAGUUGAACAUGACACGAACAGCGGCGCAAAACAAUUCACGAUUCUUUGGAGUAACAGAAGUGUAAAUUGUAGCAACCAUUUCUUGGAGGUGAAAAUUAAUGCAACUGUUCAAGAAAGUUUCACACCUAA